UUGUAGCCAGGAAUAUUUUCUGUUGAGUGCUGAGCGCAUGUUUAAUGCAUGCUUAAAAAAUGCAACAAGAUGGAUAGGAAAUCACUCUCAGUGGUUCUGAGCUGUUUAGUUUUAAAUUAAACACAGCUUUUUCCUGCCAAGACUUGAUUUACUUGCUAGAUGAGGACCAGUAGGCCACAUGCUUCCUAGCCUUUUGGGCAGACUGGUGUGGGCUGAGGGCAUUGCGUAGACGGGGUCCUUUCAGUGCAGCAUCACUGUGCAAGCUGACAUCUGUAGCAUGCUGUCCUAUAAAAAACAGUAAUAACUGGGACUGUUCCCAGUUCUGAGGCAAUCAUACCAGCAAAGUGACCUUGACAGCUGGGAUGAGCUGGUUUCUUGCUGGUCAGCCAUGGCAGAAAGCUCACUGACUGGAGAGGCCACGAAGAAGAAACCAUCCCAGGGAGAUGGUCCUUUCAAUUCAGAGUAAGCUCUGGUUUGGCAUAGUACGUUGCUGAAGUACUGUACGGUUAGAAACCAAGUCAUUCUCCAAACGUAAACCCAUAUAUUUACACGCCAUGAAAAUGUCAAGAAGCUUCUCUUCCACCUGCUGUGCUUUCCCCCACCGGGUGGAUGAGAGGAAACCCCGUCUCCGGUUUUGAGCACAGCCCCGCUUCUCUUCCCGCUGUCGGGGGCUGCAUCUGUCCGAAGCCAACUUCAGCGGGGGUGCCGGCGCCGCGUCGCCCGGUGCCGGCCAGAAGGGCGACUCGGCAAGCGGGAUGGCAGCAUCGGCCCGCUGGGUGCUGUGCCUGUGCCUGGGCUGGGGCUGCCUGUGCCUGGCGCUGGGGGACGUGCCCAAGGCUCGCCGGCUUGGGCUGCGGCGACGAGCUGCCCUGGCAGGAGCUCAGGGCGGCCGAGCCAGAGCCGCGGCAGGUGACUACAGCCUGGGACAGCGGCGGGCAGAGCGGCUGCAGCCAGGGGACAAGGUGUCGGAGCACAUGCUGCGGCUCUACGACCAGUACAGCGGGGGGCAGGCGGCGGCAGCGCGGCCCCAGGACCCGCCGGGGCUGCCGGCUCCGUCCCUCCGCCGGGGCAACACCGUGCGCGGCUUUCGGCCGCUGGCUGCAGGGAGCCCUGGAAGCCAGGAGCCGUAUGUUUUUAACUUGACUUCACUCACCAAGUCUGAAAAUAUCUUGUCUGCUUCGGUGUAUUACUAUAUCGGUGAUCUGCUGAAUGCUAAGUGGAACUGUUCACAAUCCAGAGGCUGUUCUCAUGGGCACAGAAAACCUGAAAUUCAAGUACAUCUUUCAGUUUGGACCUUUCCUUCUGUUGGGAACCAGACCCGGAGUCUGGGACGUUUCCUAAUAAAUGUCUCCAGUGCUUACGGGGAUGUCCUUUCCUGGCAGUGGAAGGAUAUCACUCAGGUCCUGCACGAAGCAAAACAAAACAAUGAACUUCUGAUCGGUGUCAAAAUGGAUUUGACAAGCCAUCACCCAUGGAAAAGGGCACCUUCUUACUACGAACCUUACAUUCUGAUAUAUGCCAAUGACUCUGCUAUUUCAGAGCCAGAGAGUGUUGUCUCUAGUUUGCAAGGGCACCGUAAUCCUCUGACAAGGGUCUUUCCUAGGCCAGAAAGCCACGUAAGGAGCAGCAGUGGGAAGCGGCGGCGGAAACGCUCUACAAAUGUCCUGUUGCCAUUGCAGAACAAUGAGCUUCCAGGAGCUGAGUACCAGUACAAUGAGGAUGAGAGAUGGGAAGACAGAAAAUCAUACAAAACAUUCCAGCCACGUUUGGCAGAGAGGGCAAAGAGUAAGAAAAAGCAGAGGAAGAAUCAUCACCAGAAGAGCCAGACUCUGCAGUUUGAUGAGCAAACCUUGAAGAAGGCGAGGAGGAAGCAAUGGAAUGAGCCAAGGUAUUGCGCCCGGCGCUAUCUCAAGGUGGAUUUUGCAGAUAUUGGCUGGAGCGAGUGGAUUAUUUCCCCUAAAUCCUUUGAUGCCUAUUACUGCUCGGGGGAAUGCCAGUUCCCCAUUCCUAAGGCCUUGAAGCCAUCCAACCAUGCCACCAUCCAGAGUAUAGUGAGAGCAGUCGGAGUAGUCCCGGGCAUUCCUGAGCCUUGCUGUGUUCCGGACAAAAUGUCUUCUCUCAGCAUCUUGUUCUUCGAUGAAAAUAAGAAUGUGGUUCUUAAGGUGUACCCCAACAUGACAGUGGAAUCCUGUGCGUGCAGAUAACAUCUCAGAAGACCCUUUUGAAAUGCUAAGGUGAUCACUUGCUAUUCUGUGAGGUUCUUCUUAUGAUUUCUACUUUUUGUUUGCACUGCCAAUGCAUUUCCUUUGGGGGGGAGGGGGAAGAGGGGAGAAGGAAAAAAAAAAUGAAUCUAUCCAAACUAAAAGGAUGGAAAUGACAUGGAUUCUGAAGAGCAGUCCCAAUGAAAGGGAACAUGAACUUCAUAAAUCUUUGAAUUUGACCAAGACGUAACUCACGGCAAUGGGGACUGACCGUUUCUGUAUAAAUACAGAGAUGAAAGAGGAAUUUACCGAAGACUCUUCAAGAUUUCUGAGACUGUCAGAAGGACAUACUGAUCUAUUUUUGUACAUGAUUUUGGAAACAGCAGUAGCUGUUAAUUUUUGUCUCCGUUCUUCUGGUGACUAAUGGGGAGGGAGAUUAGAAACAUACUAUUAAUCAUUUUAAAGCUAAGCUUUCUGCCUUAGGUUACUGAGUAGUGCAGCAAGAAAAAAAAAUCUGACAUUCUAAGAGCCUUAGAUAAUCCAACUUAAACAUAUAUUCCCUUGGUAUGACAUGUCACUGAAGGCAUGUGUGUACUCAUUUUUGUUAACAUAUUACUAGAUGUCAGUGCCCUUGGUGUGAAGAACACAAAACACAUUACUGCUGCAUGGGAAAUUGUGGUAUCUCAAAAGCAAAGACUCCUCUUUCUUGCCACUGCAGAAACUCAGCAGGCUAAGGGUUUGAAAGUAUCAUGCUCAGUGAAGUGGCUGAGUGACUUGUUGAUAACAUAUAUUCGAGAACAUAUUUGCAAAUAAUCUAUGAGUAAAUUAUUGUAGUUGAUUCCGAACGUGAAAUUAUUUGGUGCAUAACUCUUACCCGUAGACCUUCACUACAGUUAUUUUAUCAAAACCAGCUCUGGUUGGUGAGGUUUGAUUGUCAUGUUAAUCAAAUAGCAGCUUUUAUUUUCUCUGUGCUUCUACUCGGAAAAUCAAGUUUGCUGUACCUGUUUUGUCAAUUUAAGGUUUAUUGCUAGCAGGUUUUGCACAACAAAAAUACAAAGCAUGCGUUCCACCUGGAAAAUUUUUGUGCAAAACUACAAGCAGGAAAGAAGCAAUCCUAAUGAAUCAUAUACACAUCAGCGAAAAGUUGUAUCUGUUAUUGGGUCAAUGUCAGAGAAACUUCAGGCUUUGUUUCUAGCAAUAUCCUCUGUAGGAGAUGAAGCUUUUUAAAGCACUUCUGACUGUCAAGAACAAUGUUGUAGUUUGUGCUAAGAGUAAACAUUGAACCACCUUUUUGAUAAGUAAUCUACAUAACUGCCUGUGCGAAGUAGUGUACUUACAGGGCAAAUAUUCAUAGGGAAUAAAUUAAUUCCCCAUGGUCAAGAGAGUUCAGUUCUCUACUUUGGAGUCAGUGAUUCCUUGGUGUAUUGAAGGUGAUAAAAGUUUUCCUAUGUAAAUGCCUUCUUGCAGUUUCUUGACUAUUUGAAGCUAAUUUAAACAGUCGAUGAUUGAUUUUUGUAUUUGGUCAGCAGUGCUAUCAUGUUUACCAACCUGAGUAAUUUGCAUGUGCGUAGGUGUGAGAGGUGUGGAAGUGGAACACACAACCUAAGGAUCCUUUCAGCAAUGACUUUUUAGUGCACAGAGUCUCGGUGGAAGCUGACAGGAGUUUCGCUUCAAAAAAAAAAAAAAAAAAGGGCGGGGUGGAAGAAAAAGAUGAGUCCCAGAUGCAAGUUAGGUUUUCAGUCCUUCCCUUAUCUUGCUUCAACAGCAUACCCGUGCAGUCAGAUUUCCCCAAAUUACAAUCUGAUACCUUCUUACUGUCUGCAAUUAAGCAACAGUAAUUAGCACAGCUAUCAGAUUCGAUUGUCCUAUGUUAGGAUUCCAAGAGCUCUGUAGCAGGAUGUUGCCUUGAAGAAUUAGUUCCCUGGAACUGCAAGAAAAAAGUCUCCAUUUUUAAAGUAAGUUCCAUCUUCAUCAUAUAGGAGCAAAAUUGCCAUCAAAAGCAAGCCGUAAGCGUGCAGCUGUGUGCGUUUAGAUCAAGGCUCUUUUGAUCCACUUCCAUAUGUUGGAGAAAAAGUUAGACGUUCAGUGCGCGAAUCAGCUUGACUUAAAAACUGGAGUAAAAAAGCUGUGCUUUUCUUCUGGCUGAAAUGACAGACAGGUGCGGACAGCAGAGCUUUUCACUGCUGCGUCACUGUGUCACUGAAGCAGCGACAUGCACCAGGCUGCCCGUCCUGCGGGGCUCACCUGUGAACCCCCCGCUCUGCUGCAGGGCCCGGUGUCACCAGGGCACAUGGGGUGCUGAGCUGGGAGGUGGCUCCAGCUCUCAGACAGCAGGCCCUGCAAGCACAAGCAGAGGUAGGGGCUUCCCCUAGCUGCCUUCUGCAAGAGCUGCAUGGAUAAAUGCCUUGUUUAUGCAGUUCUGCACGGUAAUGGCUACUGCUAAACAGCGCGCAAGCUCAAGCAAUAAACCUAACCCAAUCUAAUCUUCUGUUUGUAGAGAGCUUGUUGCAAAACAGAUUUCAUGCAGCUUGACAAGGCAACCUCGGCUUUGUGCCAGAAUGUCCCAUUUCUUUGUCCAGGGUGAGGUAGCUAGUGAUGAGUAACAGUUUAUUGCCAAAAUCCUUUCCUUUACAGUAAUUUUUGCUGUUCAGUACAUGCUGAAUGCUCUCAAGGUGCACGUCUUGUUUUCCAUAGAAAGGUGGGAGCAGCUCAGCAGCACUUGAGGGCUGGAUUUCUCCUCACAUUGCCCUGCCUUAGGAUGACAGCACAUUCCUGUCUCAGAACAGCGCCAGUCUACAUCUUCCCAAAUGCAGCAGAGAAAGGACCUUGCAGCCUUCUAAAUCCUCAUGGGAUGGGUCCUCACACUGCAAAAGAGACCACUGCCUCUGAGAGUGGCAGUCAGUCCCCCAGGGAAUGCUAUUCCAGCCCCAGUGUCCCGUUCGUAGGGGGAGGGAGGAUUUGGAGCCGCUGGCUCUCUCAGGCAGAAGGCCAGGACUGGGCUCAGCUGGGUGUGUGAACAGUGCCUGGCACAAGCAGUGCCAGGAACUGGGCUCUGCGGAGGUCAGACGCACCUGGGCCCGCCCAGAACAGAAGAGGGUGUUGGCAGCCAAGAUUCCUGGCUUGUGCACUCCAAAACAGAGGCGCUACCUAAAUAUAGGAGUUUCUCCUGCGCUGCAGUGCUCUGAGUCACUCUCUGGGACUGAAGAUGAGUUCAAGGCUAUAGGCAAUGCUUUACACUGCUGUUACGAGGCAGCCUGGAGUUGACCUGAAAAGCACCACCUGCUUUCCUUUUGGAGCAUCAAUAUGCUACGCUCGGUUUUCACUAGGAUAAAGCCGGUCUUUGUCAUUAACCUUGUCAUGUUCGAACAAGUACAAUCUUCCAAGUAAAAUUUGAUCUGCCUUUUCCAACUUUGUACUGAGUGUUAUCUUCAAUUAACUAUGUACGUGAGACAUUUUAUGCACAGGAUUUGUUUUUGCAUUUUUAUUUUUACAUGCAACUUUCUAAGUAAAGCCAUGUCUAGCAUCAGUAAUGUAUUAAUCACAUAAGCAAUGAUUUCUGUAUAUAACUUUGUAUUACUAGGGUCUUCAGAAUAACUUCCAGCUAAUGUUAUUAAUCACCAUUUUAGUCUUAAAUCAGCAUGGGGGGCUUUUGCCACCUGUUGUUUUUUUAAAUAGUAUUAAUUGAUAAAUGGCUCUGCUUCCCAUCUAAUUAUAUAGUAUCUAAUGCCUGCGCGUUAUUUUUAUGGCUGGCUCAAAAGAUGCCAAGAGAAUGUCUCUAGCUCCUCAAACACUCUCCUCAGAUAGGCUGUCCUGAAAGAUUCAGCACUGCCUCAGUCUGCCAAGGACUCUGGGAGGAAAGUCCCCCGUGAGGAGCAGACUGUGAGCAAGCCUCUGCAGAAAGCUCUUGAAAAUCCCCUUCUUUCAGGCUGAAUACAGAAUCUGGCAGUAAGUGUGCAAAACACGGGCUGCAAAAUAAAACGUAUUCACCCUGCAGUGUGGAUACCUGGACCCAGGAGAGUUGUCCAUUGGAAUCAGUGACACAGGGUUUCAAAGUGGGCAACGUUCUCUCAUUUGUUCAGGGACCCUGAGCUUGCCAGGAGCCGAGUACAUUUCGUGAUGUGCCAUGCACCCCUGGGGUUGUGAAUCCCUCUGCUCCAGUGCUGGACCGGUCCAAAAGCUUAUAGGAUGCUCAUCUCCGAGGAGAUGCUCAGUGGUUUGCAGGAGACUGACAUUUUGUUUAGCAACCCAUUUCUCCUUGUAAAAACAGCCUUUGUAAAUGAUUUUUGUUUAAAAGUUAAUGUUUGUACAGACAAUGUCAAUUUAAAAAAAAAAGAUUAAAAGUACAAAAAAAAAGAAAAGUUAUUUUGUAUAUGGAAAGAAACUUUACAGAUACUUUUAAUUUAUUUUAUAUCUGUGGCCAUCCUGUCCUUUUCAUAUUUUCCUCCCAACGCUCUUCAAACAAUGCAUUUUUCACUGUCGUUGCGAAGAUGAAAUGCUGGGACUGUGGGCAAGUUCACAAGGACAGGUUGCAGCAACACUGUGAAGGGCAUGUUUCACUACUGAUGUAUAAGCUUGCCUAAUUUGUAUUUGUUUCCUUUCAGUAAUGGGAAACUUUCACUAUGAACUCUGGAGAAAAUAUAAAAUAAAAUCACUUUUUACAUGAAAA